UCCGUUGAGCUGCAGCUUUUUGCUGCGUCUGCCUGUGCAGGAUGGGCGCGUGAAACGAUGCGGAUGAAGUUGGAAAGUGAUGAGCGGGGAUGCUGAAGCGGCCGGGGAGCCCGCUUUGUUUGGAGGAGCGCAGGGCUUGUGUGCCGCCGUCGUCCCCCAGCUGCUUCCCUGUUGCUUUGUCUUCACUUGGUCCUCUGAUACCGACCGGGAGGGGCGUGGUUUGUCAGGGUUGGACUGGGACCAGCAGCCGCUGCAGCGCCCUCUGCAGGUCAGGACCAUGAAUGUUUACGGGGCUGGGGAUGUCGGCGGCACCAGAGACCGGGCGGGUGGGGAGCAUUACCGGGAACAGCGGCGGCGCUCCGGCGACCGCUCACGUGACUCCUCCCAUGAGAGAGGAGAGGGCGGGCUCACACCCUGCAUCAGAAAUGUCACCUCCCCAACGCGACAGCACGACCGUGAACGCGGCGAUGGAGGCUCCUCCUCCAGACCCUCCAGCCCACGUGCCCCCAGGGUUUCUCAGAACUACCACCACAUAGGAGGAGGCUAUGCGCCCCGGCCCAUAGGUUCGCCUGGACUGGACUUCCACUCCCGCCCUGUGGUCCAGGGGCUGUGCGAGCUGGUGUACGUGUAUGACGUGAGCAGCAAAGAGCAUCGAGGAGCCAUCCGGCCAGGAGAACGCGUCACGUUGAUCGUGGACAACACCAGAUUCGUGGUGGAUCCGGCCAUCUUCACGGCUCAGCCCAACACCAUGCUGGGCAGGAUGUUUGGUUCUGGUCGGGACAACAACUUUACUCGACCCAAUGAAAAAGGCGAGUUUGAGGUGGCAGAAGGCAUCAGCUCCACAGUCUUCAGAGCCAUCCUGGAUUACUACAAGUCUGGAAUAAUCCGCUGCCCUGAUGGCGUUUCCAUCCCUGAGCUGAGGGAGGCGUGUGACUACCUCUGCAUCUCCUUCAGCUACAGCACCAUCAAGUGCAGAGACCUCAGCGCCCUGAUGCACGAGCUGUCCAACGACGGAGCACGGCGUCAGUUCGAGUCUUACCUGGAGGAAAUGGUGCUGCCGCUGAUGGUGGCCAGCGCCCAGAGCGGCGAGCGAGAGUGCCACGUGGUGGUACUGACCGAUGACGACGUGGUGGACUGGGACGAGGAGUACCCGCCUCAGAUGGGGGAGGAGUACUCGCAGAUCAUCUACAGCACCAAACUCUACCGCUUCUUCAAGUACAUCGAGAACAGAGACGUGGCCAAGUCUGUGCUGAAGGAGCGAGGGCUCAAGAAGAUCCGGCUGGGAAUAGAAGGAUAUCCCACCUAUAAGGAGAAGGUAAAGCGGCGUCCCGGCGGCCGUCCUGAGGUCAUUUACAACUACGUCCAGCGCCCCUUCAUCCGCAUGUCCUGGGAGAAGGAGGAGGGGAAGAGUCGCCACGUGGACUUCCAGUGUGUCAAGUCCAAGUCCAGCACCAACCUGGCUGCAGCAGCCGCAGACAUUCCCCAGGACCAGCUGGUGGCGCUGCAGCCGCCGGGGCCGCAGGUGGACGAGCUGGACAACCUGCCAGGCGCCAGCGAGCCGCACCAUCCCCCGUCUGGGCCCGGGGUGGAGCCCCAGCCCGGCCAGCAGCUUCAGGACAGCCCCCUCCAGGCCCCGGCCAGCCAGCAGCACAGCAGCCGCGCCCACAACAGCUACCGCUACGGGCUGGACCCCCACACGCCGUCCCCCUCUGCGUGAUGGCGCCUCCCUCCAGCAGGAAGUGCUUCAAUCCAAAGACUGCAAAGGGACAAAAACUGACACACAGUCAAUCCCACCCUUUCAAAAUUAAAGCACAGCCCCCCCCGCCUCUUCUCGGUUGGGGGAAAGCCACUUUUCCUUCUGUCGCACAAAGUCUCUCCCUGACCUAAGGGGGGGCUGCUACGGCAAAUGGGGGCUCCUGUCCAGCUGAGGGGGGGGGCACUCCGCUUUCCACAGAAGAGAUUGUGAAGAGGUCACUGAGCCGCACAGACGCAUCAUUGUCACAUGCAGGAAGGGGGGGUCCGUUUUCUAAUAAACGUUUUCACAAUGAG